ACAGAGCACUAUGAGUACCUAUCACUUGAUAAUUUUUCUAUUUACGCUUCUCGUUUCACUAACUGGCGCAUUGUCGCCCACGUUGGUCACUCGUGAUACCCGUCAGUACAAAUCAUGCUCGGAAGCACCCAGCCAGUCUGGAGUGUAUACCAUCAGCCUGGCCAACGGAUAUCCACCGUUUCCAGCCUAUUGCGAACAGCAAAAAUACGGCGGAGGAUGGCUCGUAUUCCAGAAUCGCUACGACGGAUCGGUUGGAUUCAAUCGAAGCUGGGACGAGUAUAAGCAAGGUUUCGGAUACAUGGAACAGGAGUUCUGGUUGGGAUUGGAGAGGAUUCAUCAAAUUACCGUCGCCAGGGAGCAUAAACUACUGAUAGUAAUAGAGAAUUUUACGGAUUUUUCGGCCCAUGAAAUCUAUCCUGGAUUCCGAGUGGAGGAUGAAACUACAAACUACACCCUUCGGUUGUCAAAUGAGGAAUACUCGUACCACGGCACGGCACGGGAUUCCUUUUGGGUUUAUCGAAACGAACCGUUUAGCACUUAUGAUCGGAUCAAUGAUAAGUCAAUUUUGGAUUGUUCAAUCUUAACGGGCAGUGGCCAUUGGCACUACGACUGCGGAACUGGUUAUAAGAGUAGCAACUUGAAUGGAGAAUACAGCAGAAGUGUUCUCGGUGGUCGACGUGGCAUUUGGUGGGGUGCUUUCGGAGGACAACAACUUCCACUGAGGAAAACCAGGAUGAUGAUCAAAGUUGGGGAGGAUGGCGAAAAGUGAUAAAUAACUCGUUUGAUUCUAGAGUGAUGUCAUACUUUCAAUAAACGUACUUUCCAAUCUAAAUACAUCAAUCCAAGCACAGCAAUUGAAAAAAAUCAUGCAUUUCCACGGUAAACGAAAAAUACCACCAGCAGAACAUCUUUAUUACUCAGAGGCAAUGUAAACACAUUACAACAGUCACGACGUGGGAAGCAGAGCAUCGGUAAACCACCGACAUCACAUUUUGUAGAAAUUUCAGAUCCACUCCUGUUCCCGAACCCACUUUCCACCGAAUCCUUAGGGUACAUCGGGAAAAGAGCUGAUAUUGCACAAUGCUUAUACCCUCGCACAUACUUCCAACUACUCCCAGCAAGCACUACACGAGAGCUGCACCAUCAGCAACCGAGCGAAAGCAGUUCAAUUUUCAUCAAAUUUAUUCACUUCCUCAUCCAAUCCUCUACUCCCCAAACCAGAACCAGUCUGUCUCGUGUGGCUGAGUUGCAUCGAGUCUCACCUCAAGUGUUAUCCCCCUUCUCUCCGGACCACCCCCGAAACCAGGUGCGAUUUCCACGAGCUGUAUAAUAUAAUCCCGAUUGUAGCACACCACGAUUCAAUUAUCCUAGUUUCACCAGUCUGUGUACACAACAGCAGCGGGCGGACAGUAGCAGCACGAACGAAAUGCAUUAGUGCACCUUCAGGAUGUAUGGCAAGA